CGUGCACGCACCGCUUCACGACGCCAUUCCGACGCGACCGCGCCACCCGCCACGACAUGUUAUUCAACGAAAAACUAGAUGUGAAACUUAUUCGCCAAGUGCGUGAUAAUCCAAUUUUAUAUGACCAUAAUCAUGCUAAAUACAUGGACUUUAACGCUCGAGAAGUCGCCUGGCAAAAGAUCGGAGACGAGCUCAAAAGGCCCGCGGCCGACUGCAAAGUAAGGUGGAUAAAUAUAAGAGACGUAAACCGACGCAUUCUCAGAAAAUGCCUAAAUAAUCCCGGCCAACGCGUGCGCACAUAUAAAUAUGACAGCGAACUAUCUUUCAUGAGGCCGUUCUACAGAGACGUGCCGAUAAAAAACAAUGAUUAUGAAUUUGACGAUGACCCUGAUAAAGAUGAAAGCAUUCCAAUGAAUGAUGAUGAUUAUAAUCACCACGACGACAUGGAAGACCAAGAACUAGCGGUAGAAUUCUCAGAUUCCGAGAAAAUUGAAAAAAAAAUUCGUAAGACUAGAGCGAAAAGAACCAAAUCUGUAAAGAGAAAAAAGAAGCGCUCUUACGCCGAGGAAGAGGAAGAUGAAGUAAAACCUGAAACUACAGUGUUUACGGAGUCAGUAACAGUACCCCAAGAGUUAGAUCCAACAGAUCCUGUUGAUGCGUUUUUGUUAAGCAUAGGCGCGACUUUGAAGACCUUUAAUCCAUACCAUUUAAAUUUAGCAAAAAGCAAAAUAUUUGCAGUCGUGCAGGAACACGAUUUGCAACAAAUCGUUCAAAGAAGAGAUAGUCACAUUGAACAAAAAAUUUGUUCAUCGGAUACAAUGGUUUUUGUAAAUAAUACAAUGUAAUCAACGUUCUAAAUCAUGAUAGUGUCCUGUGAUAGGAAUACUCACAUGUACUGGAAACAUUUGUAUUUAAACUAGACGUACCUAAAUGAAAUAAUUUUGUUCCUCG